AUUGUGUUUCAAAUCAAACAUUUGUUUCGGACAUUUUUUUUUAAAUAAUAAAUAAUUUAACAAUUUAUAAAUUACAUUAAAAUGGCUUUUAAAUCACUGUUAGUAUUGGAAAAGCCUUUGCAACAUUUAGCAUUAUCCGACUGGCACAAUCGUGUAAAUACUUUGCGAAAUGUUGCCGAUGCUAGACGUGACGAUGCCUUCGAUAUUCGUCAUAGUUCCAGAACGUUAAGAAACGAGACACGCAUAGAAGGAGAUUGGACUAACUAUGAAACCAAUGAAGCAUUGGAUAAUCGAAUUUCUGAACUAAAUCGCUGGCGUGAAGUUAUUUCAAAAACCCUUGAACGAAUCGAACGUGAAAUGAAAAUGUUGACUGAAGAGAAAGCCUCAACCGAACGAGAACUUGAAGCUAUGCAAACGCCUCUGUCGGUUAUUGGUGAAUGCUUAACCAUGCGUGAUUGUCGUUUAGGUUCUGAGAUGACCUAUGAUGAUGCUGAUACUGAAAUAAAAAAUGAAUUAACAGUGGUAGAGAACAAUCAACGUUUACUGGCCGACCAGUGUCAAAAGGCUUGGGAGAAAUUGUGUCGCUUGGAGGAGGUCAAAUUCAAAUUACGUUUGGAAAUUGACAAUAAAAGUGAGGCUGAAGUCAUCGAUUUGUCUCAAUCAUCUCUUAAUAAAUUUGCAGCCAAUAUCAGCUAUAAAACAGAUCCCACCAGGAAUCCAAAAAAUUCAUGUUCAUAUCAGUCAUGGCUAGAUCAUACUCAAAAUAUGAAACAACUGGCGGAAAACGAAUUGGCCGAUACAUAUGCCAUUAGAGAGGCUUUAUUUGUUUGUCGAGAAAAAGCUCACAAUAUGUUGAUUUCUCAGCAAGAAAGAACAGAACACACUAUUCGUAAACGCAUAUUUGAGACACAGAAAGCACGCAACGAAUUAGAGUGGCAGAAAUUAAAGAUGAAAGAAGAAAUGGAAAAGGCCAUAUGUGAAAUUAAAACACUGGAACAAGCAUUACGAGAUAAAACAGAUGGUUUGAAAUUAGCAGAAACUCGUUUAGAGAAUCGGGCUCAACGUUCCGGAAUGGAGCUGUGUUUAGAUGAAGCACACGAUCAACUUUGCUUUGAGGUACAAAAAAUUCGUGAUAUACGUCGUCGUCUAAACGAUAAAAUCGAAGAGGCCAAAACCAAUUAUAAUCUAUUGGAAGAGCAUGCACAAAAGAUUGAUGUUGAUUUGGAUAACAAGCAGCACUCAUUAAUGACUGAUAUAAGAGCGUUAGAUUUGCGUCAACGUUUAAAGGGUGGUGAAUUUGGACAAACUAACACUUUACCAUCUGCACAAACCGACAGAAAUAUUGUUUUGACUAAAAUGGAAAAGGAGAUUCCUAAAAAUUAAUGGCGUCAAUUUCUAUUAUUCAAAUUAUUAAUAUAAAAUUAAAAAAAAUAAAAACAUUAUCAAACAAAUAUUAAAUAUGUA